GAAAAGCAGCGAUGCAAAUUUUUGCAAGUAUUUCAUCUUCAAAUGAUAGUGGCACACCCACAGUUUGUAGCACUCCUCAAUUCCACAUGCCCUCCCCACCACCCUACAUAGGCUCACCUCUUUUAUGGAUUGGAGUUGGGAUUGGUCUAUCAGCUGCAUUCUCAGUGGUAAAAAGCUUAUUAUUUAGGAGAAGGGCAAUACGACAGGCAUUCAAGGCUGUGAUGGGUCAAGAAGCACCAUUAAAUGGCCAAUUUAAUAAUGCUGCCUUCUCUCCAGGCUCCCCAUUCCCAUUUCCUUCUGCAUCACCAUCAGCUCCAACUCCUAUUGCUUCCCAACCAGUUGCAGCAGAAAAUGUUGCUGCAACUAAAAUUGAACCAACUCCACAAACACAAGACAAAGAUGAAACCAUGAUAAACAAAGAUACGAGUAAACAUGAAGAUGCUCCUGCAACUAAAAUUGAAGCAACUUCUCCUGCUGAAAUUGGAGAUAAACCUAUAAUAAACAAUGAAGCAAUUAAACGUGGAGAUGUCGCUGCAACACCUGUUGCUUCCCAACCAAAUGCAGUAGACAAUGCCCCUGCAACCAAAGUUGAAGCAACUCCAACUGAAGACAGAGAUGAAACUGUAAUAAACAAUGAAGGAACUAAACAUGGAGAUGUACCUCCAGCACUUCUUACUUCCGAACCAGUUGCAGCAGAAGAUGCCCUUGCAACUGAAGUUGAAGCAACUCUGCCAAUUGAAGACAUAGAUGAAACUGUAACAGACGAUAAAGAAGCUAAACAUGGAGAUAUACCUCCAAAACCUGUUGCUUCCCCACAAGCAACAGAAGAUGCACCUGCAACUAAAGCUGAGGCAACUCCACCAACAGAAGACAAAGUUGAAACUAACAAACAAUGAGGAAAUUAAACACGGCUUUUGACCUACUUCAGAUUGGCAGCACUAUGUUGCAUCUGAUAUCAAAUAAUGCAUAUGUCAUGUAUUUUUUAUUCUAUUAUAUUAAUUAUCAAAUAUAGGCACGUUUGAUUGUUUUUGGCAUGUUUGAAAGACUAUUCUCCUUAAGCUAUUUCUUGAGUUUUCCGAUAAGAGGAAA